UCUCUCUGCAUUGAGUCUCGUCAUGGACGCACUGCACCUCAACUUUACGUCUGCGCCCAAGGGCAAGAUGCACCCUGUGGUGGUGCUCUCGGUCAUUGACCAUUACAUGCGCCGUCCCGAGGGCCAGAACAGGGUCAUCGGUGCCCUGCUGGGGACCCGCGGCGUGAACGGCGUCGUCGAGAUCCGCAACUCCUUCCCCGUUCCGCACUCGGAGACCGCCGACGAGGUUGCGGUGGACAUGGACUUUAUGGCUGUGCAGAGGGAGCUGCACAUGGAGACGUUCCCGGAGGACGACAUUGUGGGCUGGUACGCGACGGGGCCGGAGAUCACAGAGUACUCGAUCCUGCUGCACGAGUUCUUUGCGUCGUCGGGCUCGCGGCAUCCGAUCCACGUGACGGUGGACACGACGCUCUCGAACGGGCGGCUUGCGAUCCAGGGCUACGUCUCGUCGGUCCUGCAGAUGGGCUCGGCCUCGUUUGGCACGCAGUUCCACCCCAUCGAGGUUGGGAUGGCCUCGUUUGAGGCCGAGCAGAUCGGGCUCAACCUCAUCUCGCGUGGCCUCUACUCGGCUGACGGCACCACGCCGCUUGCCGAGGAGAUGAACAACCUGGAGAGCUCGCUCGCGCAGCUGGCGGACCACCUGGACGAGGCCGCCAACUACGUUGACGGCGUCCUGGCCGGCUCCAUCCAGCCCGACAACAAGAUUGGCCGCUUCCUGCUCACCGCCGUCUCGGCCGUUCCGCAGAUCGAGGCCGACGCCUUUGUCGACAUGCUCGACUCGAACAUCAAGGACCUGCUCAUGGUUCUCUACCUCUCGGACCUCAUUCGCACACAGCUGCAUCUCUCGGACAGAAUCGACAAGGUCCUGGCCAAGCACGCCCGCAAGGAGGAGAGCGCGACGGCGUCUGCGUAAAGGCAACAGUGAAAUUG